GGCUGUCAACAUUGUGUCGCUUAGCAACUGCUACCACAUGUCAGAUGUUGCUUGCUUUUAACUAUGUCUCAUGAUCAUUGACGGUAAGAACUGCGGCGCUCAUCUUAUUUAUAAUUGAAGACAAUUCGGAGCCAGUUGAUUCCAUUUAGGGAAACAGGUGGCUACAAUAAUGCUACCUUUAAUGGACAAUGUCCGAUAGGAUCGUGUAUCCCUCUUUUUGAUCUCUGCUAAUUAAAUUCUAUGGUUUGUGUUGUCAUGGUGUCGACGCUGUUCAAAUAGUUUCAGGAUCGUGUGAUGACAGUAAUAGAAAUAACCGUCUUAUUUUUGAGCAUGCUCCAUCUAAAAUUCUAUUGUUAUUCAUAAAUAUGAAAUAAUUAUAUUUUUGUUCCUGCCAUGGCCCACAGGAGUAGUGAGUGUGAGUGUGUGUGUGUAUUGUGGUUAGUUGAGCUUAUAUAAGGGAGGUUGUGUGCAGUCUUACCUCAGAUGUUUGGUCAAUUCUCAGCAAUACCAAUUUUAUCCUAUUGAGUCCAGAGAAGUGAUGCAGCUUGUCAUUUUUCUUGUUUUGGGAGCAUCUAUCUGUGCUAUUUCUCAUGGCUGCAGUCAUGGCACAGUGAAAUUUAUGAAUCAAACUACAUUGAGCAUGUCUUUUGGCUCACUGCAAAGCGGGACUGUGAUCAUUUGCAUCAAUGGCAAAUGGAGCUUUGUGUGCAGCAACAAAUGGAGCCACAUUGUUGCAAAAGUGACUUGUGUUGAUAUGGGUCUCUCUCAUUAUGGAGCAAUGGCAUUCCCACUCAUUCCGUCCUCUAGUGUGAAUUUGCCUAUUUCUGUCAGUAGCAUCUCUUGCAGAGGAGAUGAGCUCUCCUUACUGGAAUGUAGCAUUAAGACGAUAGGAAAGGCUGCUGCAGGAACAGCUCCAACUGCAGAAAUCGAAGCUGUGGGUUUUAUGGGGCAUGAUGAUUCAGAUGAUACUAUAGAAGUAAGCAGUGGAAGUGGAAGUGGAUCCCAACCGGUUACACAUUGUCCUGGCCAUGCAGUUGCUGGCAUCAUUUGUCAAAAUAAAUCUAAUGGCGACCACUCAAAGUGUGCAACUGGCGACCUCCAGCUAGAUACUCUCACAGGGAAACUUGAGAUAUGUAUCAACAACCGAUGGGGAGGAGUAUGCCAUGAGAACUGGACAAGCAAAGAGACUCUCGUUGUACACAAGCAACUAGCAAUGGACUGUCCACUUGAAGGUAAUAGAAGAAUCAACAAUCACUAA